ACAUCCCAAAAGCUCACACGAGCACAUGCUCCUCCUUCCUCAUCAUACUCCUCCAAGGGAAGACUUUUAGGCUUUUAGCACCCAUCCCCCCUCUUCCUCCCCUCCCCUUUAUUCCACUCUACCAACCCACAACCAUGACUUUAAACUUCCCCACCACCUUUCUUCUCCUCACUACCACCCUUCUCCUCCUCCACCCCACCCCUUCCUCCUCGGAUUAUGCCUGCAAGAGCUCUUGCGGCUCCCUCGCCAUCCACUACCCCUUCGGCACCGGCCCCGGCUGCGGCAGCCCUGCUUUCCAGCCCCAUGUCACCUGCGACUCGGACCACCAGACCCUCACCCUCACCACCCACACCGGUUCAUACCCCAUCCAAGCCAUCGACUACACCAAUCAAGUCCUCUACCUCACCGACCCCUCCAUGUCGACGUGCUCCUCGACCAGUACCAGCAAAGGCUUCUCCCUCGACUGGAACGCCCCCUUCACCUUCCUCGACGGCAACAUCUUCGCCCUCCUCGACUGCUCCACCUCCUCCUCCCCUCUCUACUCAUCCAACGCCACCGACGUCCCCUUAUGCGACACCAGCAAUGCACCCAUCUGCUCCCUUCUUUACUCCUGCCCGGCCAUUUCUCUCUUCAACGCGCCGAUCUCGACGUGCUGCAUCUACGCGCCGGUCAGCCUCGGGCCAUCAUUCGAGAUGGAUCUCACGAAGCUGCAGUGCAGCUCCUACUCGGGGAUUUAUAGCUUCAAUGGCGCCGAGACUGAUCCCAGCGGGUGGAAGUUUGGGAUCGCCCUCAAGUACCGGUUUAGCGUCGACGAUGGCUAUCCAAGUGCAUGCGCCGACUGCGAGAAGAGCAAUGGAGUGUGUGGUUACACCGGGCAGUACAAUUCCUUCACUUGUAACUGCGGCGAUGGGAUGAACUCGUCCACGAAUUGCUACUUUGCCUCGGCGUCCUGGAACGGUGGGGGUAGGACUAUUCCAUCGUGGAUUGGAAUUGGAUUGAUCUCCUCAUGGUGGCUAGUUGUUGCUUGGAUACUGUAAGAGAUUUGGACAGAUGUGGGUACAAGUGGAUUUCGGUGUGCAAUGUGAAUUAUAAAGCUAAAGUUUGGAUAAUUUGAGUUUAAUUGUGCUGUUCUUAUCUUUAUGGAUAUCCAUAAAAGGCAGAGAUCUUGUAAUCAUGUUUCCUUGAUGCCAUUUUGUAGUGCAGUCCAAAGAUUUGUACAUUAGGAAUAUCAGAAAGGUGCAGCAAGGACCAUGGAAUAAAGACUAAUUCCAUGUUAUCAUUAUCUCUUCUUUUGGUUACGCAUAUUAUGGAAUAAAAAGGAUGCAUGGUUCCUUUUUCUA